CUUGGUUGGAGGCAGUCUACCACUAGUUUGUUCUUGGAAUGAUAUAUUUGUAUGGGAUAUAGUGAAAGAGGUACUUUUACCUUGCUAUUGGAGUUAAUCGUGUUCUUUGCGAAAUAUGUCAGAGGGCCGGGUAAGUCCAAGUUAAUAAAGUCGGACAAUCAAACACGAUGUCUUCAACAACAGUAUCUCUAGUCAACGGGACUGUUUUGUCUGGACCAAUAAAUACGACAGGAGACGGUGUGAAUAGUACGCCCACUGCUGCUGUUUACGAGGAACCACACGAGAACUUGGAAGCCAUUCUGGUGCCUAUUCUCUUCGCUAUAAUAUUCCUUAUUGGUUUCGUUGGAAACGUCACCCUCAUCUUUACUGUUUUGAAAAACAAAUCUUUGCGGAAUACUCCUAACAUCUUUGUCGUCAGUUUAUCCGUUGGCGAUUUACUGUUAUUAUUGUGUUCCGUGCCGUUUUCGUCCACGCUUUUCACGUGUUUCUCUUGGCCUUUCGGGAUAUUUCUGAGUAAAUUUAACGAAUACAUGCAAACGCUUUCUCUUGGUGUCUCGGUAUUUACACUAACCGCACUAAGUGGUGACCGUUAUAUUGCCAUUGUUCACCCCAUGAGCAAACACACGGGGAAACCUACGCUUAUAACAGUGGUAACUGUGGUUGGAAUUUGGAUUCUUUCCGCCGCUCUCGCAAUACCGGAGGCAGUUACAUCAAACGUACUAUAUUUUGAAGGAGGAGCCCCCAUUGAUAAUGGAAACACCACAAUCGUACCGGUGACACUCGCGAUAUGUAAAAUAUAUCCGGAAAACAACUUACCGGUGUGGUACAGCAAGGCACACUCCAUGUACAGAUUUAUAGUGUUCUUUGUUAUACCUCACAUCGUCAUCGCAAUGUUCUACGUCAUGAUGGCUAGAAUCUUGGUAAUCAGCAGUAAGGCAUUGCCCUGUGAGUCCGUGAAAGGAUCAGCGAUGAAUCAACAGCAGAACAGGCAAAUUCAAGCGCGUUUGAAGGUGGCAAAAGUUGUUCUUUCAUUCGUCGUCAUAUUUGUUGUAUGCUGGCUACCACGUCACAUCUCGAUCCUAGCAGGCCACUUCGCCGAUCCGGAGUACAAUAUGUUUUGGCAUGUUCUAAAAAUAACAUCGUUUUGCUUGACUUAUAUAUACUCAUGCGUGAAUCCAUACGCGCUUUACUUCCUAAGCAGUCAAUUUAGGAAAUAUUACAACCGCUACCUGUUCUGUUGCUGCCCUAAGGGUUCUUAUAUAGGUUUAGCGGGCGGGGAACAUUUGGCUAUGAACAAUUUUAACAGCACUAUGCGCCGAGGAAGCACAACUUGUACGGGCGAGGUGCAUUCGCAGUUUAUUUGCCAAGAUUGUCAGAGGUGACAUAUAAGUAUAAAUUAACAGCAAAAACACAAACUAGUAGGCAUGAAAGUUUGCACUCUUCCAUUUUUCUGAUUGAACAUGGGUGUAAAAACGAUAUAAAUUAUUUUCUUGACGCAUCAUCUAAUGAUUUAAACACAACUUUGUACAAAAACCUUAUGCUGAAGCAAUACUGUAUAUAGCUUAUAUAUAAUAUUUAUGCGAAAAGCUACAAAAACAAGCUCAGUAGCAAAGAGUUUAAUCAUAAACCCUGUUUAAUUGCACUUGGUAAACGCCAAAGACAUAAAAUCACAAACAAGAAACAAGGAAGAACACCACAAAACUCCACAAACAGCACAGUGCAUACAAACUAUAUAUAAAAACUAGGUAUGUUUAUCAAGGUGUGUUAGGUUCCGCCUUGGAACCUCAAGUAUUUAAGCGAA